AUGCCAUGUCUGGGGCUACAGGUGACCAGCUGUCUGCCUGUGUUCCUCUCCUCUGGGACAGCUGCAGCCAUCAAUCACGCCCCCAAAGCCCCGACUGAGUGUAGAGUGAAUGUGGACCACAGACACCGCUACUACCGCUGCUUUUGGAUUACUGCUCCUUUAUCGCAUUGCCCUCUCGGCGGACAAGAUUUGGUCCCUCAUGGUGAAAGGAUACCUCAUUUGGUGACUCACCGCGCCGUCGCCAUGAGUGGGCUUCUCAAGAGGAAGUUUGAGGAGGUGGACGAGGAUCCGUGCUACUCGUCGGCCUCCCCCUCCUCCCUCUCCUCCGCCUGCUCGGCCUGGGACUCCGAGGGGGAGAGCUGCUACUCAGACACCCUGGAUUCCACUCCCAGCAACCCCAGCUCCCCAGCAACCCAUUUCAACACAACGUCUAUCCUGAAGAAAACCAAGAGAACACGGCGAGCCAACGUGACCUUUGACCAGGUCACGGUCUUCUUCUUCCCUCGCUGCCAAGGCUUCACCAGCGUUCCCAGCCGCGGAGGAUGCACUUUGGGAAUGACCCCACGGCACAGUGACCUCCGCACUUACACACUUGCAGAGUUUGCUGUUGAGCAGAAGAUACUGCGACGAGAAAAGCUUCUCUACAGGUUGAAACAGGAGAAGCUCGAGGCUCUCAAGCAAAAGCUCACUAAAAAUGGGACUCAGGAGAGUGAGGAAGCAGAGGGGCUGACUGUGGACGACAUCUCUGAGCAGGAUCUUGACUUGAGCGGUGCUAACCUGGAGGAGGGCUCCUUUGUGCUUCCGUACACGUCCAAACUGCGCUAUGCUCUGCUCAAAGCGGCUGGGGUGAAGAAGAUCGACAAGGAAGAGAAGAGGCAGCUGCAUGAGCUCCGACUCUCCAGGGAAAACUGUGGCUGUGACUGUCAGGGUUUCUGUGAACCAGAGACCUGUGGCUGCAGCUUGGCAGGCAUCAAAUGUCAGAUGGAUCAUUCCUCCUUCCCUUGUGGCUGUACAAAAGACGGCUGUGGAAACACGCAGGGGCGUAUCGAGUUCAACUCCACCAGGGUCCAGACGCACUACAUCCACACAAUCAUGAAGCUGGAGCUGGAGAAGAGACUGGAGGAGCAGUCGAGCUCAGACGAGGAGAGCAGGCGGCCUCAGGGGACCCCUGUACACAGCAACCCUCCGAGCCUCACUCGCAAACCCCUGUCCCCCAUAUCCAUGGCCCCCUCAUUCACAUUUGGGUCGGAACUGUCUGCUGUGGAGGAGAACAGCUGUAGCAGUGACAUGACAGACUUAUCAGACUCGUCAGGUCAGAGCGAGGACUUUGAGGCGGGGGAGCGGCCGUGUGACCGCUGCUCACAGAUGGACACAGACGAGAGAGGCUCCUGUCGAGUGCCGAGUCUCACCAACACACAGAGCUGCUCCAAAUGCAAAAGGAAUGGCAUCGAGCAGCAGCCCUCCACUGAGGCCUUUGGUAGCUUUAGCAUAGCAGAUUUUGCGGAUGAAAAUGACAAUAUCAACUCUGCUUUGUUGGACUCUGAACAGACUGACAAUCGAGCUACAGCCAUUUCAGAACUCAUAGAUGAGAAUGCCAACCAGGAAAACACUCUUUUCCACAGCGGCAAUAUUCCCCGCACCCCGUCCCCCACGGUGGACCGUUCGGCAAGCUACAACAUGGACCUGAGCCUGUCCUCUGAGUCAGACCUGGAGUUCUUUGACGGCUUCCCCUGCCUUGGGCCCAGCUCGCUCUACAACUCACUGAAGGAGUACGAACACAUGGACACGUUUUUUCAGUUCCAGCUGCCUAGUUACCCUAGCCUCCCCGCGGCCUCGGACCCCGGGACCUGCCUCCUCGAGUCGCUCAUUGGCCUUUCAGAGUCCGUCCCCGAGCCCCCUGCCACUUUUACAGACAAUCAGCUGUUGGAGGAAGCCAUGAAGUUGUCUGUGAUGGAAUCUGUGAAAGUUUAA